UUUAAUAUCAUUAUGUAUGUAUCAUAGAUAGUAGGCAUUCUUUCUAGUACCAUAAUAUCAUAGUAUUAUAAUACUUGAUUGAUCAAAAUUAUUUCCUCAUAUAACAGAAGCUAUGUACCUAUAUUUUUCAGAAAAUUGAGUAGAACUUGCAGAAUUUUAAGUAUAUAUAGCUCUGUGAUUGGCUUAGUUAGCUGUCAAGCUGUUGCAUAUCAUUUUUGAUCAUGUUUGGAGCAUCCAUGAAUGAUAAAUAUUUUUUUUAGAAAGACAUACUGUUGCAAUCAGCAGAGGAUGGGGAUCAGAAGCGUGUAUUAAAGGCCCUUGAAGCUAAUGCUGAUAUCAAAUGUAUCAAUGAAAGUAAUGAGACGCCUUUACAUUUAGCAGCAAAAAAAGGACAUUUUGAAAUAGUUGAAAUAUUACUUGCUAAAGGUGCCAAUGUUACAUACAAUUUUAUUGACAAGAACAAGUGGACUCCACUUGAUGUUGCAGUUAAAGAAGGCCAUGAAAAAAUAGCUAAACUAUUAGUUGAGAAAAAAUGCUCUGUGACAAAUACUGCAAUGAAAUUUGCUACUCAAGCUGGUCUUAUUUCUACUAUUAAAUUUGUGAUUGAGAACAAUGAUAUUGACCCAGCUGAGUUUGUUGAUGAGGAUGAUGGAAAAACACUCUUACAUCAUGCAGCAGAAUAUGGACACACGGAUAUUGUUGAACUUUUGCUUAAUGGAAAAAGAGUUGAUGCUAACUGCAAAGACUUUCUCCGCACUAGACCAAUUCAUUUAGCUGUUAAAAAAGGCAAUAUUACUAUUGUUCAGAUGCUAGUGGAUCAUAAUGCUGAUGUAAAUUGCAAAGAUUUGGAUGGUAUGACACCAUUACAUUAUGGUUUUAAAAGUAAAAAUAAAUCUGUUGUUGAACAUUUACUUCAAAAUUGUGAAGCUAAUCCUGAUACAUGUAUUUGUGAAAAAGACAACAGAACAAUUUUACACUUUGCUAUAGAUAUCAUUCAUUGUUUUCAGAAUCAACUGAACAAGGAAAAUUCAGAAGAUGAAGAAGACAAAUUCAUUAGUAUAUUUGAGGUGAUUGCAAAAAAAACUGAUGUCAACAUUAAAGAUAAGGAUGGUAAUACACCGCUACUAUGUGCAGUUCUUGUAUGUUCUGAGAGGCUGGUGACUAUACUCUUGGAAAACAAAGCUAAUCCUAAUAUCAGGAACAAUGAAGGACAUACAGCUCUUCAGUAUGCUGUGAGUCAGGGAAAUUUUACUAUCCUAACACUUUUACUGGAUUAUAAUGCAGACCUAAAUGCAAGAAUGACAGAAAAAAAAGAACGUUUUAAAACUGACCCAAUGUCAAGAGUUAAGAUGGAUGAAACAGCUCUGCACUUUGUCGUUAGGCUAAAAUUUUCAAGUGACUUUUAUAAGCUCCUUUUAAACAGAGGGGCUGAUCUAAAAAUUCGUGAUGCAGAUGGGUAUACUGCUUUAUAUUAUGCAGCAAAAAAUAAAAAUUAUGAUUUGGUAAAAGACAUGAAUGUUAAAGGAGCUGACACUAAAGUGAAAGAUAUGAAUGGUUUGACACUUUUGCAUCAUGCUGCAAUAAUGAAUAGCAAACGCCUGACUGAAAUAGUACUUGCAAACAAAAAAUUUGAUGUAAAUAUGGCGUGCAAGAAAGGAAAUUCAGCAUUGCAUUAUGCUUUAAUGAAGAAAAGUGAAGAUGAGGAAGAUGGUGAAUAUUCUAAUGAAAAUGAAAGUGUUUGCUCAUUACUUAUUGGCAGAGGGGCUCACAUUAAUUGCAGGAAUCAACAGGAUGGAAUGACUCCACUAUUGUAUGCAGUAUUUAAAAAGUACAAGAAAGUUGCUGCAACCAUAAUUGAAGCAUCAAAACAACAAAGUAUUGAAAAAAUUAUUAUUCAAGCAACAAACAAGAGAAAGAUGACUGCUUUGCAUAUUGCGAUAAGUAAUAAAGAUGAAGAUAUGCUAAAUCUACUAUUGCAGAGUGACUAUGUUUUAAAUGAACCUGAUGAGGAUGGUAUGUCUCCUUUGCAUUACGGCUCAUUACAUGGUUUUAUGACUGAUAAAUUUGUUCAGCACAAAAAUUUUAAAAAUUGUUUGAAUUACCAAAAUGAGAUCACUGGAAAAACAGCUUUGCAUUAUGCUGUUGAAUGUAACCAUAAAGAUGUAGUAACCAUACUGCUUGAUGAAGGAGCAAAUUUAUUUCUUGAGGAUAAGGCACAUUCCUGUAGCAUUUACUUUUAUUAAUUUCCUAUUAUAGGAAGGUCAUAGU